GCCGGCAUAAAAGCGGCUUAAAGGCGACGCGUGGCGCGAUGGCGGUGGUCCCACGCGUGUUCCGGCGGCGCGGGCGGCCGCUCCCCGCGCUGCUGUUGCUGCUGCUGCUGGCGCUGCCACCUCCUGGGGGCCCGCCGGGCGCCGCCGCCUACUUCCCCGAGGAGCGCUGGAGCCCGGAAUCGCCGCUGCAGGCGCCGCGAGUGCUCAUUGCGCUGCUGGCGCGGAACGCGGCCCACGCGCUGCCUGCCACCCUGGGCGCGCUGGAGCGGAUUCGGCACCCACGGGAGCGCACCGCGCUAUGGGUGGCCACAGACCACAACACAGACAACACGUCAGCUGUGCUGCGGGAGUGGCUGGUGGCCGUGAAGAGUUUAUACCACUCUGUGGAAUGGCGGCCAGCAGAGGAUCCCAGGUCCUACCCGGAUGAAGAGGGCCCCAAACACUGGUCUGACUCGCGCUACGAGCAUGUCAUGAAGCUGCGCCAGGCGGCUCUGAAGGCGGCCCGGGACAUGUGGGCUGAUUACAUCCUGUUCAUGGAUGCGGACAACCUGAUUCUCAAUCCUGACACGCUGACCCUGCUCAUGGCUGAGAACAAAACCGUGGUGGCCCCCAUGUUGGAUUCCCGGGCUGCAUACUCCAACUUCUGGUGUGGGAUGACCUCCCAGGGUUACUACAAGCGCACGCCUGCCUAUAUCCCCAUCCGCAAGCGGGACCGCCGGGGCUGCUUUGCGGUUCCCAUGGUGCACUCAACCUUUCUAAUUGACCUGAGGAAGACAGCAUCCCGGAACUUGGCGUUCUACCCUCCGCACCCUGACUACACGUGGUCCUUUGAUGACAUCAUCGUUUUUGCAUUUUCCUGUAAGCAGGCAGAGAUCCAGAUGUAUGUCUGCAACAAGGAGGUAUACGGCUUCCUGCCUGUGCCACUGCGUGCCCACAGCACCCUCCAGGAUGAGGCUGAGAGCUUCAUGCAUGUGCAGCUGGAGGUCAUGGUGAAACACCCUCCUGUGGAACCCUCCCGGUUCAUCUCUGUGCCCACUGCCAUGCCGGACAAGAUGGGCUUUGACGAGGUCUUCAUGAUCAACCUGAAGCGGCGGCUGGACCGGCGGGAGCGCAUGCUACGGGCUCUGCAGGCACAGGGGAUCGAGUGCCGGCUGGUGGAGGCGGUGGAUGGCAAGGCCAUGAACACUAGCCAGGUGGAGGCACUGGGCAUUCAGAUGCUGCCAGGUUACCGGGAUCCCUACCACGGUCGGCCCCUCACCAAGGGUGAGCUGGGCUGCUUCCUCAGCCACUACAACAUCUGGAAGGAGGUUGUGGACCGGGAGCUGCAGAAAUCACUAGUUUUUGAGGAUGACCUGCGCUUUGAGAUCUUCUUCAAGAGGCGCCUGAUGAACCUCAUGCGGGAUGUGGAGAGGGAGUCUCUGGACUGGGACCUCAUCUAUGUAGGCCGGAAGCGGAUGCAGGUGGAACACCCCGAGAAGGCUGUACCCCGCGUGAGGAAUCUGGUGGAGGCUGAUUACUCAUACUGGACACUGGCGUACGUGAUCUCUCUGCAAGGUGCCCGCAAGCUGCUGUCUGCCCGGCCACUCUCCAAGAUGCUGCCUGUGGACGAGUUCCUGCCAGUCAUGUUUGACAAGCACCCAGUGUCCGAGUACAAGACCCACUUCUCUCCCCGUAACCUGCUUGCCUUCUCUGUGGAGCCCCUGCUUGUUUACCCUACACACUACACAGGUGAUGACGGGUAUGUAAGCGACACAGAGACCUCAGUUGUGUGGAACAAUGAACAUGUAAAGACCGACUGGGACCGUGCCAAAUCCCAGAAGAUGCGCGAGCAGCAGGCACUGAGCCGGGAGGCCAAGAACUCGGAUGUACUGCAGUCCCCACUGGACAGUGCUGCCCGUGAUGAGCUCUGAGUGGCAGUGGCCAAAACACCAAAGCAACCAUCAUUAGCCCAGUCUCCACAUGCUUGCCAGGGACAGUAGAGCCCCCUUGCAUACCUCUGGGAGGCUGCAUGGGGCUUGCCACACAGGGCAGUGUCCAACCUUCUCUUAUUCAGCAGUGAUAUGCACACAGGCAUUAAUGGAGUACCUGUUGUAUGCCAGGGCUUGGCACUGGGAGAUUGCAUGGGACCUAACUAUCAUCUUCACAUGUGCCCAACACUAAGCAUUUGCUCUGUACCACGUUCCUGUGUUAUGGAUGUAAAUGAGGCCUAAUUAUUUUCUCAAUUAGUGAUUGGUUCAGUCAUCAAGCAUUUAUUGAUUCUCCCACCAAGAAUCAGUCAUUAGUUAAUACAUAUUGUUUUAAUUCAUUCAAGUAUUUAUUGAGUACCUACUGUAUGUUGGGCAGCAGUCUAGGCUCCAGGAGUAUUGGAGGAAUUUAUCCAGGAUAAACAAAACAAAAUAUCCAGGAAUUUAUCCAGGAUAAACAAAACAUUUUCACUUACUCUAACACAUUUUGUGCACCUAUUAUGUGCCUGGUACUUGUGACACAAAGAUAAAUUCUUCAUUUAGCACAUUUAUUAAGUGCCUACUGUGUGCUGGGAGUUGAGCUAGAUGCUGGGGAUAGAGAUAAACAGGUGCUUUUCAUUUUUAAGUCAAUUUCUUCCUCACAUCUGAAGAACACCUACUAUGUGCAUGAUAAUAGUGAUACAAAACAGUAUGACAAUUAUUCAGUCAGCAAUCUUGAUCACUGACAUGUGAGCUGGGAUACAGAGAUGAAUAACAUGAGUCCUUUCAUCAUGCAGCAGGCAUUGAACACUUACUGUGUACCAGACCUCGUGGACUUUUAAUAGGGCUAGAGAAUGGUUGAAUUUGUUCUUCUCACCUCCCUAUUACCCAAGCUAUGUGCAGACAAUGCCCUCCCCCCUCUCCAGCCCCACUGCCCAGGAGGGAGGGUGGCUCUUCCCUUACCAGGGGCAGCCAUGAGUCCCAGUGACCACUUGGCUACAUACAGGUCCCCCUUGACCCAGCCCCCCUGGAGGGGGCAAGGGAUGAAGCUGGGGGCUGGGUCUCCUGUGCCUACUCCUGGUCCUGUUUGCUUGACCUCCCUGCCCUGCAUCUCAGGUGUGGUCUCUGCCUGCUUGAUGGGGUUCCUCUAUCCAAGCCUUUGGUGGGAUCAUGUAUUUGGGGGCCUUGUGCAGCUCUGCCUCAGCGCAGGCUGGCUUCAGCUGGGAGCAAAUGUCAGAGCCAGCCAGCAGUGCUUCACUCUUAGGAGUAAUUGCUUUCCAGGUCAGGUGCUGGAUAACUUGCCUUUUUUUUUUUUAAUUAAAUGCUUCUGGUUGGUUUUCAUGUAAGUCAGUGUUCUCUUCUUGGUCCAAUUUUACUCAUUGCCAACAUGUUACCUACACUCCUCACCUCUGCUGUCUCAUAACAGGAUACGGAGGGAGGUUUGAAAUCCCCAGAAAACAAUCCUCAAGGUGAAGGUUUGAGGGAAUGAGAAUUAUUCAGGAAGUGACCCCAGGAGGUGGUGGUGGGGAUAUCAGUCAAGGAAGGAAAGAGCCCUCCAGGGGGCAUCAAUAAGCAGUUGACUCUGUGGGCGAUGGAGGACUUCAAGGCAACUUGAGUAGAGUAUACCCCAUAAGGUCCCACCCGAGGGCCAAGGAAGGUGAGGCAUUUAUUCACAUCCAACUGCAUCUGGGUUUCUGUGUCAAAUAGUUAAGGUUUGUCAAGAUCAUUGAGCUCUUAGGGCAUUUAGGCACAUCUGGAGGUUUUUAUAAAAUAACACAGAUGUAUGAUCCUUGUAGAAAAAUGGGGACAGACAGCUAAGCAAGUGGAAAAGGCAAAAUUAAAUCACACUUCCUCAACAGCAACACCCACUAUUUUGGUGGAAUACCUUCUAGCCUUACCCACUUGCCUGGUGCAAGUGGCUGCAUGUUUUUAAAAAGAGGAUCAUGUUCUAUCAGCUGUGUUGCAACUCCUCUUCCCUCUCUGCUCCAAACAACAAUUUAUUUCAUAAACACGGGAUGAAAUUGUACCUGUUUUUUCAGCAAAUUUCCUUUUUGAUUGAAUAAAGUAUUGUGGAUGUUUUAAUCAGCACAGAUGUCUACCAGUCCUUUUAGGAUUG